AGCCACCAUGUGGUUGCUGGGAUUUGAACUCAGGACCUUUGGAAGAGCAAUUAGUGCUCUUAACUGCUAAGCCAUCUCUCCAACCCAAAGUACAUAUGUUUAACAGUUGGUAAAUUAGACAAAGUACAUGACAAAGUUGUAAGACUGCUUAGGGUCAUUUAAGCCUCUGCUCUUUGUCCUUGGGGUGAGUUCUGCAGGCUGCUCUCUGAAGGGAACAAUGCUUACGCAGGCUGCUCACUGACCCAUGCUAGGUCCACUGCAUCCUUUAAGCUGUCUCCUAGAAACUGCAGACCCUGCCCUUGCUAUGCCAAGCCCUCUGGCAACAGCAGGCCUGGCCUGGGUUGUUGGGGCAAUUUUGCUUUAUGAGGCAUCAAGGUUGGUGGGUUUUGGUUUUUAGGAAAAAUUUUCUCUUGAACCCAUUCACCUACCCCUCCCCAAACCCAACCCCCUUUAAAAUUACUCGCCUCUGACCCAGUGAGUUUGUGUGGAUGGGGUUAGUUUUCUUUGUGGUCCCUCUAUCAGUCUGCUUUGACGCCUGCAGCCCAGCCUUUCAGAUUGUGGGCUCUGAGCAUCCAGCUGUGGCCCUGGAAUCAAACAAAUGUAUCCAGUGUCAGCAGCAGCUAGCACUACUGGGCUGUGUGACAGAGAUGUGUCCUCGUGGGUGUGUCACUGUAGAAUCACUCCAGUGCUGGGGAGUGGACAUGGGGGCUCCCCUUCUUGACCAAGCUGGGUACAAAGCAGCCUCCUGUGUGCCCAUGGCCCCCUACCUUGUCUCAAGCCAGCAAUCCCCAGUCCUGAACUGCCUUAGCACUGGCUCUCAGAAUCACACCUGACAUGUGUUCCCUGCUAUCCCACCUCUGUUGUGUCCCAGCUUCCUCCUGUUUCCCACUGCUCAUCUACUGCUCACCUACUGUGCUCCAGGGAGACCUGCACACUGGAUUGGGCAGAGCACAUAGACCACUAGUGGACGUAGAUCCGUAACCCCCACCCCCAUUCUCUGGCACAAGUGGAGCUAUGAUCUGAGCUGGGGACUUGGGCUUCCAGAGGGGAGGGGCUACUGGCCUGGGAAGACUGGCUAUGCCUGACCAGCUGCUGUGCCUUCCAGGUAUCAUAAAAAGCUGUUCAAAGGCAGCUAAACACCUUAAAAGGAGCCUCGUCAGACUUGGUUUAUAAUCUGGCACCAGGAUAACCUUUUUCUGGUAGCCAAUGUACACAUCCUAGGAUAGUGGCCUACUCUCUGAUCACCUCUUACUGGCCUUCACCUCCAGGCCCAGUACUUUUCCCACUCCCUCCCUCCCUCAUUCUGUGCCUCUAUUCCUUCCAGGCUUUGUCUCUUUCUGCCUGGGUGUGCCUAGUAUUCCCAGGGAGCCCCAUCCCACCCCUAGUGAGGUACAGAUGUGAAACAUUACCCUUUCUCUGAGCCAUGCCAGGUUUUGCUCAAGGAGCUCCCCUUCCAUCUGUGCCACCAUGUCCUCCCCUGUCAGGACUCUGCCCCCUGCACCCAGCUCAGCCUACAUUACCUGGGCUCUCUACGUUACCGAGGAUCAACCACAUCAGUGACUAGUAGCAUACAGCCACCUCUGGCUCAGGAGUCCUUCAUAGAUUCCCCACUAAGGUAAGGGGCAUUCAGUACCUCAAGAUGAAGCCCAUCCAUUUUUCUGAAGGUGACACUAACUGAACCCUGAUAGAACAAUGCAGAGCACCUAGCACCCAGCCAGGUUUGGCCCUGUGACCUCCUCCACAACAUCCAUGCCACCUGCCUCCGCUCCCAGGUGGGCAGUAACCCACACAGGUGCAGUGUGGGCACCACUCCGGGUGCUCAGGGCCAGCCUGACCUGGGAAAUAAUGGACCAUCCCACACCUGUGUGUCUGUGUAUACAUGGUAUGCACACACAUGACCUUGGCCCCAGCUCCAUAAAUACUGGAGAAGAGGAGAGAAGGCUGCCUAGAGGGAGACAUUCACCAUGGGGCGCCUGGAGGUUCUGUUUCUUGGCCUCACCUGCUGCUUGGCAGCAGCAUGUGCUGCAAAGUUGGGUGCUGUGUACACAGAAGGUGGUUUCGUGGAGGGCGUCAACAAGAAGCUCAGUCUCUUGGGUGGUGACUCUGUUGACAUCUUCAAGGGCAUCCCCUUUGCCACUGCCAAGACCCUGGAGAAUCCUCAGCGUCACCCUGGCUGGCAAGGGACGCUGAAGGCUACAGACUUCAAGAAACGAUGCCUACAGGCCACCAUCACCCAGGACAACACUUAUGGGCAAGAAGACUGCCUCUACCUCAAUAUCUGGGUCCCCCAGGGCAGGAAGCAAGUGUCCCACAAUCUGCCUGUGAUGGUCUGGAUCUAUGGAGGUGCCUUCCUCAUGGGGUCUGGCCACGGGGCCAAUUUUCUCAAAAACUACCUGUAUGACGGGGAGGAGAUCGCCACUCGGGGCAACGUCAUUGUGGUCACCUUCAACUACCGUGUUGGACCCUUGGGUUUCCUUAGCACCGGGGAUGCUAACCUUCCAGGAAACUUUGGUCUUCGAGAUCAGCACAUGGCUAUCGCCUGGGUGAAGAGGAACAUUGCAGCUUUUGGGGGGGACCCUGAUAACAUCACCAUCUUUGGGGAAUCUGCUGGAGGUGCCAGUGUCUCUCUGCAGACCCUCUCCCCAUACAACAAGGGCCUCAUCCGGCGAGCCAUCAGUCAGAGUGGCAUGGCACUGAGCCCCUGGGCUAUCCAGAAGAACCCACUUUUCUGGGCCAAAAUGAUUGCUAAGAAGGUGGGAUGCCCCACAGAGGAUACUGGGAGGAUGGCUGGGUGUCUGAAGAUCACAGAUCCCCGGGCCUUGACACUGGCCUACAAGUUGCCCUUGACAAGGCAGGAGUACCCCAUUGUGCACUACCUGGCCUUCAUCCCUGUCAUCGAUGGCGACUUCAUUCCGGAUGAUCCCAUCAACCUGUACAACAACACUGCUGACAUUGACUACUUAGCGGGUAUUAACAACAUGGAUGGCCACCUAUUUUCUACCGUUGAUGUGCCCGCUGUUGACAAGACCAAACAGAAUAUCACAGAGGAGGACCUCUACAGGCUAGUCAGUGGAUACACUGUCGCCAAGGGCCUGAAGGGAGCCCAAGCCACCUUUGACAUCUACACUGAGUCCUGGGCCCAGGACCCGUCCCAGGAGAACAUGAAGAAGACAGUGGUGGCCUUUGAGACUGACAUACUCUUCCUGAUCCCCACGGAGAUGGCGCUGGCUCAGCACAGAGCCCAUGCCAAGAGCGCCAAGACCUACUCUUACCUGUUUUCCCACCCUUCUCGGAUGCCUAUCUACCCAAAAUGGAUGGGGGCAGACCAUGCUGAUGAUCUCCAGUACGUCUUUGGAAAGCCUUUCGCCACCCCACUGGGCUACCGGGCCCAAGACAGGGCUGUCUCCAAGGCCAUGAUCGCCUACUGGACCAACUUUGCCAGGAGUGGGGACCCCAACAUGGGCAACUCACCUGUGCCCACACAUUGGUACCCCUAUACCUUGGAGAAUGGUAACUACCUGGACAUCACUAAGAAGAUAACCAGCACUUCCAUGAAGGAGCACCUGAGGGAAAAGUUCCUAAAGUUCUGGGCUGUGACAUUCGAGGUGCUGCCCACAGUGACUGGUGACCAGGACACCCUCACUCCCCCUGAGGAUGACUCAGAGGCUGCCCCUGUCCCACCUACAGAUGACUCUCAGACAGCACCGGUGCCCCCAACAGAUGACUCUCAGGGUGCCCCUGUCCCCUCAAUGGGUGACUCUGUGGAGGCUCAGAUGCCUGCCGCCAUUGGCUUCUAAAGUCUUAUAAGCUAGGGCUGGAGAGAUGGGUCAGGAAUUAAGAGCACUCACUGUUCUUCUGAAGAUCUUGUGUUCAAUUC